CAAAAAAGCAAACCCGCAAAAGUGCAAACUGCAAAGAAAAUCGCCACAAUUUGCAAAUUGCAUAAGUUUUUGAUUAUGAAUUUGAAGCUCUUCAAUAUUCCUUCAUAAUUCUUUAUUUUCCGUCAGCCUCAGCCGACAACUGUUGUGCCCUGUGCGCCGCUGCUCUGCUCUUCACGUCCCUACUUACGACUACAUGCCGAUCGAUAGACAAGAUCAAGUGCAAUUUGAGAGUUAUCGUGCACGCGAGUUGUGCUCUUCUUUCACAUUGGUCCGUCCGCUUGCACCCUUUGUCAAUGCGUGCGUGUGUGUGUGUUCUAAACUAAAGCAAAGCUUCGCUAGUAAAGCGGUGUGGCAACGCUCACACAGCAUGCUGCAAUUUUUGUGACUUUAAUAAAAGUGAAAAAAAAGGGCAUAAAUGAGCCAAUUGGCCAGCUGUUAUAAUGUCAAAACCAAAUACAACAAUUUUACAACGAGCUGCUAGCUAUAACUUUUUCAUUAUAAGAGCUGCAACUCUGUGAUCGUGACAGUCUGGCAGCACAAGGCAAACGGUAUGGCAGGCGUGGCGAAGAUUCUAUUUGAAAAAUAUCAAACAAAACAAAAGCAAAUUGUGUGAACAAAACAAAUGAAAAGAAUAUUAAAGCAGAGAAGGCGUCGUCAAAAGUAAAUCGAGCGAAAGUAAAGCAUUUGUAUAUUGUGUAUAUAAUAGUUUCGAAUUGCAGAUCGACCUGGGAGACUGCGAGAAGAAGUGAAAGAAGAGUGAAAGAGCGACAACGACGACGACGACAUGUCUGCGGCACGAUUACCGUACUAUCAACAGCAGACGUCCGAUCAGCGUCGCCGCAGCAGCAGCCGUGGACGUCACAGCAGCAAGAGGCGCUCCGUUGAGCGUCGUCGUCACAGUCGCAGCCGCAGUCGCAGUCGCUCCGUAGAGCAGCGCCAACAACAGCGUCGUCGCCACAGUCGUGAGCACGAUCGUGAUCGUGAUCGUGAUCGCCACCGACGUCAUCAUCAUCGCGAUUCACGCGAUCGCUCCUGGGAGAGGGAGAGGGAGCGGGACAGAGAGCGAGACAGGGACAGCAGGGACUAUGGAAGACGCAGCAGCAACCAUUAUCAGCACGACACGCGCAGUCGCAGUCGUUCUGCCACGCCGCCAGGCACCACUUUCUCUGCCUCCGCCUCUGCCUCUUCGUCUGCUGCACGUCGCCAGCUGCACCAGCAACAACAGCAGCAGCAGCAACAACUGCUGCAACCGCAACAAGGAAUUGGGCACAACAAACACAAACAAAUGACUGAUCCACGCAUGCUGCCCACAUCGGUGCCCGGCAAGAAGGACAAUGCCAUGUCCGCUGUGGGCGCCUAUUACAAUCUGGAUACCGAUGAACCCUUCGACAAGGAGCGCAUACAUCGCGAGAUCGAGGAGAAACUGCGCGAGACACUCGCUCGCGAGGGAAAAGUAUAUCCGCCGCCAAAAGCGGAGCCAUCCCAUCCAGUGUUUGCCAACGAUGGCUCGUUUAUGGAGCUCUUUAAGAAGAUGCAGGAGGAGCAGCAGCGUCCCCAGCACCACCAUCAGCAUCAACAGCAUCAACAACAACAACAUCAGCGGCAACUCGAUGCGGCAACAGCUGCUGCCGCCGCAGCCGCUGCAGCAGCGAGCGCUGCCAUCAUGAUGUCGGAUCAACCACAACACCACCACCACCAACAGCAACAGCAACAGCAUCCACAACAUCCUGACGUGGCAUCGCCGUUUGGCAUACUGCCUGCGAUAGCUGUGGGCGCCGCCAGCAGCGCAGCAGCGCCGUAUAUUGCAGCGGCUGCGGCUGGCAAAUCGGCGCCACCGCCACCGAUGGUGGGACGACGACGUGGCGGCAAAAUACUUAAGACCGGCGUGGUGGCCAAGCUGAAGACUCCGAACGAACGCGACGUCGAUCCGAAGGACUUUUGGUCACUCUACUUGGCCGAGGUCAAUAAAUACAAGAGCAAUGCCUGCGACACGGACAACGGCAAGCGGCCGUUGGUCAAGUGAAGCCUCUUCUUUUUUUUUGGAUGUGAACUUGAACGCAAAAUGCAAAACAAUCACAAAACACACUCCACAAACACACACAUACACACGCCAUUCACACGCAAGCAAAGUAAAGAAAACAAUGAAAAACACAACAGUUGGUGGCUCCAAAAGCAAUUAAUUUUGGAUUACAUGGUCACACUCAUUCUCAGCCACACUAUUUUUGAUGAUGUAAGCUCGUUAUACGAAACAAUACAAAAUAUAAAAGAAAAGAAACGAAAAAAAAAAAAAAACAAAGCUAAACAACAGAUCAGCAGCAACUAUCGAUUGUUGCUGCCACAUUAUGAAUUAUGUAUUACGAUUUAGGUUUAGCAUUUAAGCCGCAGCUUGUACAGAUUUUUAAGCCAGUAUACAUAUAUAUAUACCGAUAUAUAUUAAGCAACAAAUCUCUAGAUUAUAUACACAGCUACUUUAGACUAUGAUACUUUAUAUAUACAGAUAUAUUAUAUAUUGAUAAUACUACAA